AUGAUAGAGGAGUUACGUACGGAAAUUGUCGCUAUGCGCAAUGAAUUUGUAAACUUUGGAACAAAGUUCGACAGGCUUUACCUUGCCGUCAGCGACUUAAGUAAGCGAGUUGAUGGAAUAGAGAAUCGGGUGGCUAAUCUCGAAAAAGACGAAUGCAUGGAAAAAUAUAAGGAUGAGAACAAAAAGCUAAGCGACACAUUGGAGCGUCUUAAGUUCGAGUUGAACGAUCGUGAUCAGGAACAGCUCCUUACUGAUGUAGAAAUAAGUUGUAUACCUGAGCAUAAGGGGUUGUGCCAGUAUAAACUAAAUUGUGAUUUCUGUUCCCGGAGCACACAGCAUACCAUUCAUCUAAAUUUAUAA